AGGUAAGACACUAGGGUUUCGACUCGACCUCAAGGCAGAAACUCGGUAGAAUCGAUGCCAUAAGGGGCUAGCAAGGGCACCCACGUACCAAGGGCAGCCGAAACGUUGCAUAAUAAGGGCUUGGUAGCACCAAAUGGCGUCGCUGCACCGACUCAUCAUCCUCACGCUGCUGGGCGCGGCCCGCGCGCCGCCACCUGGCUCUUCCGAUGAUAGUGGCGACGCCUGCGCCGCGGACGGCUCGUCCGCAACCUACGCGGAAACGAUCUCGACGGCCCAGGGCGUCACGAAGCGGACGAUCGUCUCCGCGGGCUGCCCGAACCACGAGUCCUACUGCACGGGCAAGCCUGCCAACAAGCCGACCUGCGAUGAAGAGGGCCUGAAGGGCUCUGGCACCGAGGCCACGGACCAGGACCUCAACGUCGACGUCCCCGCGAACCCGAAGCUCCUGGACGCCGACGACUGGGCCGCCGUGCUCGCCGACGCGGCCACGGUCCCUGCCGCCGGCGCCACCGAGACGGCGACCACCAGCUCGCUCGACUGCGAGAUGGGCGGCAUCGCCUACGCGCUCAACGGCGUGGUCUUCUACUCCGGCGCCGUGGGCAACAAGAAUCUGGACCCGCCGUGCCCCCAGCUCGACAUCUACGACGACACGGCCGAGUGGAUCUCGUUCGACUGCUGCUCCGGGCACAGCUCGGGCACCGGCGGCUACCACUACCACUUUCCGCCGUCGUGCCUGAUUGCCCAAGCCAACGCUGACGCGCCCAUCAGUGACGGUCAUAGUUCACAGAUCGGCUGGGCGCAAGACGGCUUCCCGAUUUACGGCCCGCUUGGACCCGGCGGCGUCGAAAUUCGCAACUGCGGCGCCUCGGGCGCGCAUGCGACCUACUGCCAGGACAAGUGCGGCGGCUACGAGGGCGAGCUCCCGGACGUCGACAACUACAAGUAUCGCUACUACAUCACCGGCAAAGUCAACGACCUGAACUCGCUGCCGUCCUACCCCAAGCCCGACGAUCUGGAUCUCUACUUCCCGUUCACGAUCCGCUGCCACCGCGGCGUCACCCUAAGCUCGGCGAGCGACUUCAAGAACUACGCGGGCAGCGACGGCUUCACGAGCGACCAUACCGCUACAGCGCACCCGGGUUACACGACUCCUCUCCCGGUCCAGUGCCUCGACGGCAAGGGCCUCGACGACUACGACGUCUUCGCAAGCGCGCCGGCGCCCACGCUUCGGCCGACGCCGGCACCUGUCGAGCCCACGCUUCGGCCGACGCCGGCACCCGUCGAGGACACGCCGGCACCCGUCGAGCCCACGCCUCGGCCGACUCUGAUGCCGACGCCCACAAAACAACCUACUCAGCCCACGGCGCCGGUGCCGACGCCCCGGCCGACGCCGAUCCCGACGCCGCGGCCGACAGUCGCGCCCACCACGCCGCGGCCGACCGUCGCGCCUUCUUUCUCGCCGACAGCGGCGCCGGUCGUUACCGGCGACAUCACGUUCUCCGGCCUGACGGUCGCCGAGGCGGAGGAGAGCAAGGAUGUCUUCCGCGAGGCGAUCGCGUUAACGGCGGGCGUCGACGAGUCGUCGGUGACGGUGACGAUCACCGCGGCCAGGCGUCGUCGCCUCGCGGACGGCGUUAUAGUUACGUACACUAUCGCCACCGCCUCCACGUCCGACGCCACCACGAUCGUUAACACGCUCACGGCGUCGGAGUCGGAGUGCGAGUCAAAUCUCGCGACCGCCGCGGCGAAUAACGGCAAAACCGAUGUCUUUGCUGAUGUCGUGCUCACGGACAUGGGCACGCCGGUCGCCGCCGCCGCGACCGCCGACGCCGCCGACGCCGACGAGGACGAGAACGAAGACGCCGCGCUCGGGUCCGACGCGGCGGCGCCGCGCCGAUUCGUGGCGGCCAGCGCCUCCGCGGCGCUUUUGGCGGCGGUCCUUGCCUGA